AUAUUCACUAGCCUAAUACUGUGCAUGGAUAUGAAGGAGAUGCAGCCACACGACUUGUAGAAACCCAGCUGAAUAUAAUGAUAUUGACUCCCAUGAGGUUGACAUCCAUGCCAUGGCUACCUGUCCUAACUUUGCUUCUCUGCCAGUGCUUUGAACUUCUGCAACUUGCUGUGAAACUCAGUGAAUCCAGGAAAACAGAUGUCUACCUAGUCACCAAGAUCGUGACCGCUUCCCUCCAUCCUCACGACAUUAAGAGUCCCACAAGCCUUUCUGUUUGGCCUCAUGAAAUCUGGCUAUGAUCAGCAGGAGUCUUGAAAAGCAGAUUGGACUAAAUGACUUAAAAAAUAAACGCCUUUUGCCAGUUCCCACGCAGACGGUUCCUUGGUCAACUGAACCGAAAUCGAACCAGGCCUGUGUAAAUGAGGAUAUCUAAUGCACAGAUGGAAAAUCAAGGACUCCGCAGUAUGCGAGUCCCCACUUCAGAUCGUCGAAUAUGUCACUAGGUCAACGGGCAUGAUGAACUUUUCCAAGCUACCCAAAAUCCGAGAUGAAGACCGGGAGAGUGUGUUUGGCUAUGUCCAUGGAGUCUCAGGACCUGUGGUCACUGCCUGCAACAUGGCAGGUGCAGCUAUGUAUGAAUUGGUACGAGUUGGCCACUGUGAGCUGGUAGGAGAAAUUAUCCGACUGGAGGGUGAUAUGGCCACUAUCCAGGUGUAUGAAGAAACCUCUGGUGUCUCGGUAGGAGAUCCUGUACUCCGCACUGGCAAACCUCUCUCAGUGGAACUUGGCCCUGGCAUUAUGGGGGCCAUUUUUGAUGGUAUCCAGAGGCCUCUGACAGACAUCAGCGCUCAGACCCAAAGUAUCUACAUCCCCAGAGGUGUCAACGUGUCAGCUCUGAGCAAAGACCUCAAAUGGGACUUUACGCCUUUCAAAAACCUGCGGGUUGGCAGUCACAUCACUGGGGGAGAUAUUUAUGGAGUGGUGAUUGAAAACUCCCUUAUCAAACACAAAAUCAUGUUGCCCCCACGGAAUAGGGGUACAGUAACGUAUAUAGCUCCUCCAGGGAACUACGACACGUCGGACGUUGUCUUGGAGCUAGAAUUUGAAGGUGUGAAGGAGAAGUUCACUAUGGUUCAAAUCUGGCCUGUACGUCAAAUCCGUCCCGUCACUGAAAAGCUACCAGCCAACCAUCCAUUGCUAACUGGCCAACGGGUCCUUGAUGCGCUCUUUCCGUGUGUGCAAGGGGGUACUACUGCUAUCCCAGGGGCCUUUGGCUGUGGAAAGACUGUGAUCUCGCAGUCUCUCUCCAAGUACUCCAACAGUGAUGUUAUCAUCUAUGUAGGCUGUGGAGAACGAGGAAACGAGAUGUCUGAAGUACUCAGAGAUUUCCCAGAGCUCACGAUGGAAGUUGAUGGCAAGAUAGAAAGUAUUAUGAAGAGAACAGCCCUAGUAGCAAAUACCUCCAACAUGCCCGUCGCUGCCAGAGAGGCCUCUAUUUAUACCGGAAUCACUCUGUCCGAGUAUUUCCGGGACAUGGGCUACAAUGUCAGUAUGAUGGCUGAUUCCACUUCCCGAUGGGCUGAGGCCCUUAGGGAAAUUUCAGGGCGUUUAGCUGAAAUGCCAGCGGACAGUGGCUAUCCAGCCUAUCUCGGUGCCCGUCUGGCCUCAUUCUACGAGCGAGCUGGCAGAGUGAAGUGUCUGGGGAACCCUGAGCGGGAAGGGAGCGUCAGCAUUGUCGGAGCUGUGUCUCCCCCUGGGGGUGACUUCUCCGAUCCUGUCACAUCUGCCACGCUGGGCAUUGUUCAGGUGUUUUGGGGUUUGGAUAAGAAGCUGGCUCAGCGCAAGCACUUCCCAUCUGUCAACUGGCUGAUCAGCUACAGCAAGUACACGCGGGCCCUGGAUGAGUAUUAUGACAAGCACUUCACAGAGUUUGUCCCCCUGAGGACAAAGGCCAAAGAGAUUCUGCAGGAAGAAGAGGACCUGGCGGAAAUUGUGCAGCUUGUGGGGAAGGCUUCCUUGGCAGAAACAGAUAAAAUUACCCUGGAGGUUGCCAAACUGAUCAAAGAUGACUUCCUGCAGCAGAAUGGCUAUAGCCCUUAUGACAGGUUCUGCCCAUUUUAUAAGACCGUGGGGAUGCUCUCCAACAUGAUCGCAUUCUACGACAUGGCACGCCGAGCGGUAGAGACAACAGCUCAGAGUGACAAUAAGAUCACGUGGUCCAUCAUUCGAGAAAAUAUGUCUGAGAUCCUCCAGAAACUUGUUAGCAUGAAAUUCAAGGACCCGGUGAAGGACGGCGAGGCAAAUAUCAAGGCAGACUACGCUCAGCUCUUUGAGGACAUGCAGAAUGCAUUCCGUAGUCUGGAAGACUAGGCUUUGCCCUCAUUCCAAUUAUCCCCUUCAAUUUAAAUUUCUCAUCUCAACCCCUCUGCUUCCCUACUGUGCAAGACUGAAAGGAGAGUACCUGAGUUUAUAACAGUCCUACGUGUUGUAGUUCAUACUCAGUAGGUCUUGAUAAAACAUUCCUCUUAGUUUGUAUUUGGCCUCACUGUGUGUCUGAUAUGGUGGGUGGAGUUAGGUGUGAAUGUGUCUGAUAGUGAGUGAGGAACUGCAAUUGUAAACUUGUAGGGUGAAGGGAUUGUUGUUUUUCCCCCCCUUCCACUCCUGAAUAGAUGUGAUCUCUUACCGUCCAGGCUCUUGCUUUUUGGGGGAAGUGAACCAAGUAAGUUAUAAUGGUAGAGGAGGCAUGGAUCUCAGUGCAGUGAUAUGGUACAUUCUGAGGUGGUAAUGUUAAAGGCAUGUGGGCCGGUGACUAUCAUGCAAAGAAUGAACAUUUCCCCUGCUUUGAAAUCAGAUUUAUUGCAUUUUUCCAAGAAUGAGCUGCUACUACCAAUAAUAUUGAAAAUUCUUUGGUACAGUUCUCCUUCUGAACUUCCAACUGAGCCUGUACUACACCAAGUGUAUUAACACAAUUGUGGAACUCUGCAAGGUGUUAACGGAGAGGAGGAACAUGUGAAAACAGCCGUGUGUCAGUCUGCAUUUGAGAAGUAGCAUUUAUUUUUCUACCUAAUACCUAAAAUCGAACAGUUGGACUACACUUUUAGUUAAUUCAAAGCCAUAGCUGCUCAACUAUCAGCAGCAAGAAUUUUGUUCUCUUGCUUCCCACUCCCAACAGAAAAUGGCAUGGCACACUCAGCUGUUUUCAGUGGGUGAAGUGUGGUAUUGCUUUGUACUACAGGACAGGCUAUAGUGAUUCCACUUGAGGGAAUCAAGAAUGCCAUCCUCCUGCAGUGGCACACUGCCUGCCAUAACAUUGAUCUUCUAGUGCAAUGUCAAGGUCACCAUAUGUUUCCAAAACUGUCCGUUCAGAUACUUGAAUUGGAUUUGUUUGUCCAGUUGUGUAUGGAAGGCCCUUUUGUAGAGGGACUGUUCAAUGUUAAACUUUCUUGUUGGCAGGUUCAUUGUGAUGCCAAGAGAACCUGGUGAUACUUUUUUGCACUUCACUUGGGAGGUGUUUUGUGUCCCCAAAGCAGUCAGUUCUGCUGCUUCUUGACCUUGUUUAAUAGCAGAGCUGAUCUGUGAUGAGGACUAAGUACAGAGCAACCUUUUCUCAUUGACCUGCUAGAGCCAGAACUCACCAUAUUGCUGCACAAAGGGAGAAAUGAAUAAAGGAGUUGGCAGCCUUUUUGAUGUCUUUUAGGAGGAAUCCAACACUGUGUUUUGCCACACAGCAUUCAUCCCAGACUUAGUCCAGCUAAUGCCUUUGAGCUAGUCUUGCUGUGUAACCGUAUCCACUGCAACUGGCACCUGUAUGGUGAGCAAGUGUCAGUCUCUUCAGCAAGUUACCAGCUUUAAACAGCAAUGGACCAAAUUAUACUGUGUUCUGCCUUGUCUGGCAUGGAGCCCAGCUGAAACUUUAAAAGGCUUUUAAAAUAUUAACUUCCUUUGAUCACCCAAAAUAAACAAAGAAAUGUGACCUAGUGCUCUGGUGGUGAAUGGCUGACAGUUUACAGUUCACUUAAUUUCUGUAUAUGCUGCCUAUGGAGAAUGGUCAUGUAUAAAUGAGUAGUUGCUAUACAGCCCUUUGCCAGAAUCCUCCUUGUUCAGCCCCAUCACAAGUGUACUGUGUGUGUAGCAUUCCAUGCUAGAGGACAGAUGUUCUAUUUCUUUAAUAGAGGAUGUUAUAAACUUUACAACAUGUCAAAGAUAAUGCAGUUCUAAUAUUUAUUGUGCUGUACCUGGCCCUAACGUGUGACCAGUUCAAACAGUUGCAUAUAUAUAUAUUUUUUGUUUUGUCUUGUCUGUUUUCAGUGUUGAAAUUCUGAUGUUUCACUGUUGCUACAAAUUUUUCCUCCACAUGUGUGGGAGGAAUGAAGGAUAGAUAAAACGAAGCCAACAUCUGCGCUUCCUAAUGUCAUAAUGGAUAUUGCUGGAAGUUGUGCAAAACUGUUCAAGUCAAUGAGAAUAAAGUGAAUUUAAAAGUA